UGAUUCCCAGAGCACAAUUUAAGUUAAAUUUAUUCGUUUUGUGCCCCCCAGGCGCCAUGGAGGUGACGGUGGGGAGCGAAAAUUCACCUUUUUAAUGUGUUUUUUGUCACUUUUCACCCCAAAUCCCCGGGAUUUUUUGCUCCCUGACCCCGGGGCUCCACAGAGCAGACAGUUCACGAUUCCCUCAGGACAAUUUAGGGUAAAUUUGUUCAUUUUUGGCCCCGCAGGCGCCAUGGAGGUGACGGUGGGCACGGCGGCGCUGGCGCUGGCGCUGCUGCUGCUGCCGCUGCUCUACGAGCGCUGCGGCUCCUUCCGCUUCUUCUGCAAGAUGGGCUUCUACAACGGCUGGAUCCUGCUGCUGGCCCUGCUGGCCAUCCCCCUGUGCGCCGUGAGGGGCCGGGACGUGGAGAACAUGAAUUCUGGGUGCUGUGGGGCAGCUGUGGGUGCUAUGGGGCAGCUGUGGGUGCUGUGGGGCAGCUGUGGGUCAGGAGCAGCCCCCCCAGCCCGUGGUGCCCCCCAGGUGCCCGUGGUGCCCAUCGUGAUCUCGUCCUACCAGCACUUCUACAGCAAACGCGAGCGGCGCUUCACCGCCGGGCACUGCGUGAUCCAGGUGCUGCCCCCGCUGCCCACGCGGGGGCUGGGCCCGGCCGACGUUCCGGCGCUGACCGAGCGCGUGCGGGCGGCCAUGCUGCGCGCCUUCGAGGCGCUCUCGGCCGAGCUCGCUGACCGCCCGAGUGACCAGAGUGACCACCCGAGUGACCAGCACACUGACCGGCCCAGUGACCACCCGAGUGACCGCCCGAGUGACCACCGGAGUGACCGACACACUGACCAACAGAGUGACCACCGGAGUGACCAGAGUGACCAGAGGGGUGACCACCAGAGUGACCCCCUGAGCAACCAGCUGAGUGACCAAUGGAGUGACCAGAGGAGUGACCCCCUGAGUGACCGGCCCAGUGACCAGCACAGCCCCACAGCCACCCCAAGUGACCAGAGGAGUGACCCCCGGAGUGACCAAUGGAGUGACCAGCACAGCCCCACAGGCCUGAGAGACCCCCAGAGUGACCACCAGAGUGACCAACAGAGCCCCACGGCCACAAGUGACCCCCAGAGUGACCGGCACAGCCCCACGGCCGCCCUGAAUGACCCCUGGAGUGACCACCAGAGUGACCACCAGAGUGACCACCAGAGCCCUCCGUGCCCGAGCGACCCCUGGAGCGACCCCUGGAGUGACCCCCGGAGUGACCCCUGGAGUGACCCCCAGCGCCCCACAGCCCCCUGGAGUGACCCCCAGUGUCCGGCACUGACCCACGGGGUGACCCCGCAGUGACCCCCGGCCCUGCAGCCCCACGGGGGACAGUGGGGCACGGACUGACCCCUGAGCGACCCCUGGGAGGGGACAGAGUGACCCUGAGUGACCCCUGAGUGGGGCAGGAACUGACCCCCAAGUGGAGCCUGGACUGACCCCCAAGUGCGGCCACAACUGACCCCUGAGUGGGGCCUGGACUGACCCCUAAGUGGGGCCCAGAGUGACCCCCAAGUCGGACACGGUUUGACCCCCAGGGGAGGCCACAACUGACCCCCAAGUGGGGCCUGGACUGACCCCCAAGUGGGGCCAAACUGACCCCCAAGUGGGGUCCGGAGUGACCCCCGAGUGGGGCCUGGACUGACCCUUAAGGGGGGCCUGGACUGACCCCCAAAGGGGGCCUGGACUGACC